AUGCCAAAUGAAAGCGCAUGGCCUUCGCAUUGGUUUUUAAAAAGGAAAGGCGAAGCCUUGCUGCGGCAAUUAAGUUUGACACCUUUUAAUUCAGAGGAACUCAGCGCCAUGGAUCACGCUGAGCUAUCAGUUAGAUUGGAACAGCUGGAUCGUAUUCAGGAUCAGUUCGAAUCAACACAAUCUCAAUUGGAGGAAGAAGACCCCAACGAGAUGGAAACCAGCACUCGGGAUGAGUUCGCUGCCACUUUCAUACGAGCUAAGGCAGCAUUUACAAGGGAGUUGAAUAAGAUGGAUCCCCAGUUUAUGUCUUCAACGAGGAAUCCACCGCCUCAAGAGCAGUCAUCUGUGAUUGUGGUGAAGCAACCAAAGUCGCGCCUACCACAACUACAAUUGCCAUCGUUUGGAGGGGCAUACACAGAGUGGCCAAACGUUUUGGUCAUCUUUCAAACGGUUGUUCACAAUGACACCGAGCAGUCAAACCUGGAAAAGUUCCAGCACCUUCGUUCAUGCCUGAAGGGCGCAGCAAUGGACACCAUCCAGUCGCUCGAAAUUCGUGAUGAAAAUUACAUAAUUGCAUUAGAUUUACUUGUUCAAAGAUUCGAUAAUCGCCGUUUAAUUUUUCAGGCACACAUUCAAGAACUAUUCGGAUUGCAUUGGAUGAGCGCUGACAAGAAAUCAGGAGAACUGCGGGUGCUUGUGGACAAAGUUGUAUCGCAUGUUCGAGCGUUGCAGUCACUAGGCACCUCUGACCAAAUUGCCGAUUUUUUGCUCCAAUACAUCACAGCUCAGAAAUUGGAUGCUCUCACUCAUACACUAUGGGAAGAAAAGGUGCCGGCUGAGAAGCUGCCCACUUGGACGAACAUGGCAACGUUUUUGAAUAGGAGGUUCCAGACUCUGGAGAAUAUGACUCACGCUAUGGUAACACAGACACCUAGCGCAUAG